AUGAAUUAACAGAUAGUUAGCAAUAGUAUAUAAGAGAUCACUCAUUAUAACAGAGUACUGGAAGGAAACAGGCGAUACGUGGCCAAAAAACUAGCAUCAGAUGAUAACUACUUUAAAAAUUUGUCAAAAGGACAGAGUCCAAAGUACUUACUCAUUGGAUGUUCAGAUUCCAGGGCUCCUCCAAACGAGUUGACAGAAACAGACCCUGGGGAGAUAUUCAUCCAUAGGAAUAUUGCUAAUUUGAUGAUACCAACUGAUUUGAAUUCGAACUGUGUAAUUUAGUAUGCAGUGGAACAUCUUAAUAUCCAUAGUAUUAUUGUAAUGGGUCACACAUGUUGUGGUGGUAUAAAGGCAGCAAUGACCUAAUAAUCUGUGGGAGGGUUGCUUGACUUAUGGUUGAAUCAGAUCAAAAUAGUGUACGAGAAACAUCAAGAUCUUAUCGAAUCACUAGAAAGUGAGGAUGAUAAAGUGAAUUGUCUUAGUUCAUUGAAUGUUAGAGCUCAAGUUAUGAACAUCUGGAAAAAUCCUAUCAUUUAGAAGUCUUGGCAAAAAGGAAAUCCCAUUAUGGUUCAUGGUUGGUUGUUUAGAGUUGAAACUGGGUAUAUUGAGGAGUUGCUGAUUGAUUCACAAACCCCAGAAGAGAUGAGUAAAGUCUUUGCUUUAAAAUUUAAGUUGGAUUCUGAGAGAAUACUAUCAAAGAAAGCUUCUCGUCAGUCUUCACCAUAGAAUAGUACCAGAAAGCGAUUUUAAUUAAUGUAAAAGAAAAUUACUUAAAAUCUUAAAAAAUUAAAAGAAAAUGGUGGAAGAUUAGAAUAAGAUAUUGAACUUUAAUUAUUAGGAGAAUUAAUUCAAAAUUCAUAAUAAUCAUGA